CAUCAUUCCACACCUGCCGGACAACUGACAGCCUCACCUUUUAAACGAUACCAUUCAUUCUUCAGCUGCAUCAGUUGCACCAGUCGCCUCUCGAUCGGAAUGGCGAGCACAUUACCAACUUUGGCCAUUCCAGGCCAGCGUCUGGCCCCUGUGAGCUCUUACGCCGCAGGACCCGGCACUCAUGUGCAAAAUGCGAACAUCUACGCCUCCAUCGCCGGACCCGUUCUCGUAAACCCCGCGAGCUCUAAAACCGCCAAGUCCUCUCUGAGCGUCUCUCGCAGCCCCCUCCGCACAGCUGCUCCUGCUGCCCCUCAGUCCGCACCGAAGUCCACCGCUCCCGGCCCCUCCAAACCUCGGUACAACACUCUCCCGGCCGUUGACUCGAUUGUGCUCGCCCGCGUGACGCGCGUGCAGAAGCGACAGGCCACGGUCUCCAUCCUCGUCGUGCUCGACGAGUCAGCCAGCAACAAGGCGGGCCAGCCGCCGACCACGACGACGGCCCCCACCGGCGGUGCGUCGGACAACGACAAUAUCGAAGCGAUCCUCUCCUCCGCCGCCAACCCGGAGAACCACAGCAACUCGGACGAGCUCCGGUUCCAGGCGCUGAUCCGCAAGGAGGACGUCCGGGCCGUCGAGAAGGACCGCGUGGUCAUGGACGAGAUGUUCCGCGUGGGGGACAUCGUGCGCGGCACCGUGAUCUCCCUGGGCGACCAGAGCUUCUAUUACCUGACGACGGCGCGCAACGACCUCGGCGUGGUGAUGGCGCGCAGCGAGGCGGGCAAUAUGAUGUUCCCUGUCAGCUGGAAGGAGAUGCGGGAUCCUGUCACGGGCGUGGCGGAGCUGAGGAAGGUCGCGCGGCCGUUUUGAGGCUCUUGCGUGAACCCUUUGCGCAAUCUGAUGAUGAUGAUUAUUAUGAUAAUGAUGAAUCUGA